AUGAGUUUCUUCGCAAAGCGGCCCGACAAUUUAGGCGUUCACGACGGGCACUUGGCUGCCUGUCCCGAUAAGCCGAACUGCGUCUGUUCUGAUGUGGACGAUCCAGCACAUGAGAUCGAGCCGAUUCGUUAUUCAGGUUCGGUUGAUGAGGCCAUGGGCCGGUUGCGUAAAGUGUUGGGCGAGCAGCCUCGAACGACGAUCGUCUCCGAAGAUGGCAACUAUAUCCACGCGGAGUGCCGCAGCCUGAUCUUCCGUUUUGUCGACGACGUGGAGUUCUAUGUCGAUCCGGAAGCAGGUGUGAUUCAGGUGCGGUCGGCUUCACGGUCGGGGCACUCUGAUUUCGGGGUGAACCGCUCGCGGGUGGAGACGAUUCGGGCGGAAUUCGAUCAGGAAAGCCCAGCCGGCAAUCCGGCGGCAGACGUUCCCACGGCACCCAACUGGCCACAGUGGCGAGGGCCAACCCGCGACGGCAAGAUCGCCGAAACCACCUGGCCCGAGCGAUUGACCGAGCAGAACUUGGAAAAGCUGUGGUCGAAGCCGCUGGGGCCGAGCUACUCGGGGCCGAUUGUCAGCGAAGAUCGGGUGUUCGUCACCGAGACCAAAGACGAAGCCUACGAGGUGGUGCGUGCAUUGGAUCGAGCCACCGGUGAGGAAGUCUGGUCGACCGAGUGGAACGGUUCGCUGGAGGUGCCUUUCUUUGCGAAAGCCAACGGGGACUGGAUUCGCUCGACUCCCGCUUACGAUGGUGAGCGGCUUUACGUGGCUGGGAUGCGGGAUGUGCUGGUCUGCCUCGAUGCGGCGACCGGCGAUGAGGUUUGGAAGAUCGACUUUGUCGAACAGUUGAAAACCCCCGUGCCCGACUUUGGCUUUGUUUGUUCUCCGUUGGUUGAAGGAGAGUACGUUUACGUGCAGGCCGGCGCGGCGGUCGUGAAAAUCGAUAAGCGAACUGGAGAGAUCAUCUGGCGAAGCCUCGAUGACGGCGGGGGGAUGUUCGGCAGUGCGUUCUCGUCACCGGUGCUGGCUGAAUUGAAUGGGCAACAACAGCUUGUCGUGCAGACGCGCACUACGCUCGCCGGAAUCGACCCCGAGAAUGGCGAUGUGCUGUGGUCGCAAGAGGUGCCGGCUUUCCGUGGGAUGAAUAUCCUGACCCCCACGAUUAUCGACGAUGCGGUAUUCACCAGCAGCUAUGGCGGGAAGACCUUUUUGUUUGACACGCCUGAAGUUUCUUCGGAGACAGGCGAAGCCGAUCAGGUGUGGGUUAACAAGAGCCAAGGUUACAUGUCUUCUCCGGUGGUGAUUGGCAACCAUAUCUAUCUUCACCUGAAGAAUCAGCGGUUCACCUGCAUCGAUCUUUCCACAGGAGAAUCGACCUGGACGACCACCCCGUUUGGCAAAUACUGGAGUAUGGUGGUCAACGGCGACCGCAUUCUGGCGCUCGAUGAGAAGGGCGACCUGUUACUGAUUAAGGCCAACCCUGAGGAGUUCGAACUGAUAGACAAGCUCCACAUCAGCGACGAGUCAACCUGGGCCCAUCUGGCGAUCAGUGGUGAUGAAAUCUUCGUGCGAGAGCUGCGUGGGAUCUCGGUCUAUCGGUGGAGCGAAGGUGCUGAGUAG